AUGAGAGAGAACAUAUCCCUGACAGACCUGGGACUGGAGCUGUGGAUUCUCGUGUACCACCUAUAUGACAAACACAAAAGUGAUCCGGAUGUGGCGUUUCGUGAGCUGACUCUACGUACUCGAUGUGUGUGCAGCAGCGAAGACCUCCUCAUCGCCAGAAGCCCAUCGUCGUUGUUGAGCACGCAAUGGUAUCGGGAAAUGAACACGCGCUAUAGGGAUUUGCGGCGGCGCCUGAGGGAGUCUCAACGGGUGGUCUUGGAGGAGGCUGAGGAGGUGACGCGCAGUUUGUACCCCGCGGGUUGUGUGGCGAAGGAAUACGCGGACGCACUUCAAACAUGUGCGGCGAUGCUUACCGUUUCUAUGCCAAGUCAGGCAGUUGCGAGGUUUACCGAAUACCGCGUACAGGAGCUUGCGUCGCUGGAUGUUGCCACAGUUACUGUGGAAGAACUUGUCGAUGAUCUUAUAGAGCGCCCGGUGCUGGAUGCCCUGACCCCGCCGCAGUGGUGGACGUUUGACACGGAUGGAAAUGGAUCCGUUUCGCUAAAUAGUAUUGGGCUCCGUGCUCGGCCGGCACAAAUAGACAUUCUGUACACGUGUUCUGAAAAAAAGUGGCGUUGCCGCAUUCAUUUGGACGGUAUUCUCCACGAAAGUGGGCCGACAGCACCCAUCGCCAGGCGCCUUGCACGCACACAUGGUGCUCUGCUCAGCGAAGAACGGUUUCGCAAAUAUCUCGUGCAUCUUCAGAGCCUUAUGAAGCACGCCGUAGAGGACGGCGACCUAGGGCACUCUUCGAACAGCACGAUGAAGGAUUGUCAUUAUGGUUGUGAAUACCCGCAAAAACAGCAACAACAAGAGCAGGUAUCUGCGCUUGCUUCGGCAAUAGAAUUGGAUAGAAGAAGGGACGGGACGCAGAAGCCCUUGAAUGCCUUGAACAAGGCCGAUGUAGGGCUUCUUUACCGUGACCCAGAGGCCGCUCUGGACAAUGUGGACCUCAACGACGCCGAUGAUGUUACUCUGCAGGAGUUUAAGGCUAAGAUGGAGGAGAAGUUUUUGGAAAAAGUUGUGCGGCCCGGCGAUUCUGGCUACGAGUACGACAAGCGUGUUGAGGUGAAGCCGACGGAGCGCAGCGAGUGGGACGACUCAGACUGA